AUUUCUCGAGCGAAAAACAAAAAGUGUACAAGAAGUGGUUAUAUUUUUAUCUAUUGUUUUUAUUAGUAUUUUUCCCUUUUCUCGCAAAAAUUACGCAUUCGCGUGAGGAAGCGAUGUCUGAGGAGACGGAGAGCUUUGCUGAAGAGGAUGUGGAACCCAAACUCAAGUACAUUCGCAUGUCAAAUGACCUGCAGAACAUCCUCAACAAGGACACCAUCAGCUGCAUCGCCGUCCACUCAAAGUUCCUCUGCAUCGGCACACACUGGGGCGAAGUCCAUCUGCUGGACCACCAGGGGAACACUGUGAGCCAGAAGGCGAAUGUGCCCCAUCACAUGGUGGCGGUGAAUCAGAUCUCGGUGGACGGGAAAGGGGAGCACAUAGGCACAUGCUCAGACGACGGCAUGGUGAUCAUCAGUGGCCUCUGCACGGAUGAGAAUAAUCAAAAGAUAAACAUCGGGAAGGCCGUGAGGAGCAUCUGCCUUGACCCGCUCUACCACAAGUCUGGCUUCGGUCGGAAAUUCAUUGUGGGCGACAACAAGCUGAGUCUGUACGAGAAGACCUUCCUGAAGAGCCUCAAGUCGACGGUGCUGAGUGAGUCCGAGGGCAAUGUCUCCUCCAUAGCCUGGAACAAUCAAUUUGUGGCGUGGUCCAGCUCACUGGGCGUCAGAGUGUUCGACUUGAGCGAGAGGUGCUCUCUGGGGCUCAUCAGAUGGGAGCAGCCCAAGUCUCUGUCCCUCACGGACUUCCGUUGCAAUCUGCGAUGGUCCAGCUCAACCACCCUCCUCAUCGGCUGGGUGGACACCAUCCGCAUCUGCGUGAUACGCAAGAGGAACAGCAUAGAAGUGUCCACGAGGGACUUGCCUGGAUUUAUAGUGGAUCCCGUAUCAACAUUCCAGACCGAUUUCUUUGUCUGCGGUCUUGCGCCCUUGGAAGCCAAUCAACUGGUCGUCCUGGGAGUCCCCAAAGAACGUGAUUUGGAGAAUAACAAAUCCCUGAGGCCUAUUCUUAGUGUUCUUCUCUACAAGACCUGCGACUAUGUGGAGAUUUGCACAGAUAGUCUCUCCCUAAGAGGAUAUCAAGAAUUCCAAUGCAAUGAUUACUUCCUGGACUGCCUUAUCGAGGAGAAUCAAUAUUUCAUAGUGUCACCAAAGGAUAUCGUCGUGGCCAGUCCUUAUGAGCACGACGAUAGGAUUCAAUGGCUAAUCGAGCAUGGGCGGUUCGAGCAAGCAAUAGAUGUGAUAUCAGUCCACGGAGGCCGAUACUCGCUGGUGAGCGUGGCGAGGCUCUAUCUAGAUCACUUACUCUCCCUUGGACUGUACGAGGAUGCCGCCAAGCUGUGUCUGCGGGCGUUUGGGAAUGAUAAGUUGCUGUGGGAAGAGGAGGUGUACAAGUUCGUGAAGGUGCAGCAGUUGAGGGCUGUAAGUAUGUAUCUGCCACGGAGUGCAGACUGCAAGCUCAAUCCACAUGUCUACGAGAUGGUUCUCUAUGAGUAUCUGAAGCUGGAUCCCCCGGGAUUCCUGGCGCUGAUCAAGGAGUGGCACCCGAUGCUCUACAACACGUCUGCUGUGAUAAAUGCCAUUCAGGAUCACUACAAUGAGAAGGACAAGAGUAUUCUUCUUGAGUCCCUGGCGAUACUCUACUCGCACGAGGAGAAGUACGAGAAAGCUCUGGCCAUGUACUUGAAGCUGCAGCACAAGGAUGUUUUUGCAUUGAUAAGGAAACACAAUCUCUACUCAGUGAUUCAUCGGAUGAUUGUGGCUCUGAUGCAGUUGGACACUGAGAAGGCCAUCGCGAUGCUGCUGGAGAAGGACAAGAUAUCGUCAGAUGUGGUUGUGGCGCAGCUGGAGACAAGAGAGGACUUUCUCUUUCUCUAUCUGGACGCACAGGAUCGGGUGGAUCCGAGUGGGAAAUUUCACUGGAAGAUGGUGGGAUUGUAUGCAAAGUAUGCGAGGGAAAAACUACUGCCAUUCCUCAAGAGGUCCAACAAGUAUCCAAUCCAAGAGGCGUAUGACAUCUGCAAGGAGAAGCUGUACUAUCCGGAAAUGGUGUUUCUGCUGGGCAGAAUGGGAAAUACCAGGGAAGCCCUGUCGAUAUUGCUGCACAAGCUGGAGAAUGUUCAGCUGGGCAUUGAGUUUUGCAAGGAUAACGACGACAUGGACUUAUGGAAUGACUUGAUUAAUGAGUCUCUGGACAAGCCGCACGUGAUGACAAAGCUUUUGGAUGGAAUUGCUGGCUAUAUCAAUCCAGAAUUGCUAGUGAGUAAGAUAAAGCUGGGCCAGAAGAUUCCCGGACUCAAGAAAUCCCUCAUCAAGACACUCAAAGACUACAGCCUUCAGGUUACCAUCCAGGACGGUUGCAACCAGAUUCUCGUGACGGACUACUUCAACCUGCACGAGAGACUGUACAAGACUCAGCAGAAGGCCAUUCACAUUUCCAGCGACUUCCAGUGCGGCAUGUGUCGACGGAGCGUCCUGGCCAAGGAGUCAGCCUUACACAGUAGCUCCCAAGCCAAUGGGAAGCACGAUAUUGUGGCGUUUAACUGUCGACACGUGUUUCACGAGAACUGCUUGCCGGACAAGUACACAGACUUUUGCACAGUUUGCAAGUCGUCUAAGAAGUGAAGCGAAAUUCUCAUCAAUUCUCUGCUGCGCGUGAAUCCAUCGCUGGUAAGCUGCAACUCCUCCCCACGUUUGUUUUGUUCAUUUGUAAGUUAUAGAGAUCGUGUAUUAUUUCUGUUGCUAUAUUUUAAAUGGAGAAAAGAGAAGAGUGUUUUUUAAAAGGCAAUAAAAGUCCACCAUUUAGACACAAAAGUGAGGAAAAGACGAUUGAGUAAAGGUAAAUUAUUUAUUGAUGGAAAUUUCCUUAUGAGAAAAAAGUUUUGAAAAAGAAAUCACAAGAAAAGUCAUCAGCACGUUUGAAAAGAAAUUUCGAUUCUCAAAAGAAACUUUCAAAGAGAUUAUAUUCCUUGAUGGUUUUUGUUUUGUUUUUUAGAGAGAGAAAAAUGAUAAAUACUGCAGGCAUUCUACUCGAUUUUUCCUUCUUUAUUUUAUUUCAUUCCUUCUUCCAGAGAGAAAAUGAUAAAUCAAAAAAAAUUGCCAAUCUAUUGUAUUAGGAGGGAAAGUUUGAAAAGUUGUAAUUGGAUUCUGACUAAUUCAAGUUGAUUUUUGGCUGUUUCAUUCUGACCAAUUCGGCUUUUGUUCUGCCUUUCUUGUUUUGUUUUUUGUUCUCAGAGUGUCUGCUGUCAAUUGCUCAAUAUAAAUAUAUUCUCUUUUCCUCUUCCUUU